ACCCAGCCAGAGUGGUCCGAGAGCCCACCUUAUUAUCGCUCUAAAACUGUGACUUCCUCUCUGCAGUUCAAUUUUCCUCGUUCCCGAUGGCGGAGACGUCUUCGACGGCGGUGACCGAACCGGAGGCGACGGCGCCGCUCCUUCGACCGCGCCAGGAGUCGCGGCCGACGACGACGCUGGCGAUGCUCCUUGGCCGCGCCUCAGGCAGGCGCGGCCCGUCGAUGCUUGUGCGGGAGACCGCGGCGCGCCAGCUGGAGGAGCGCCGCGCCGACUGGGGGUACUCAAAGCCGGUCGUGGCGCUCGACAUGAUGUGGAACCUGGCCUUCGUGGUGGUGACGGUGGUGAUGAUGGCUUGUACGACGCGCGAGCGACCGGACGUGCCCAUUAGGGUUUGGAUCUGCGGGUACGCACUGCAGUGCCUGGUGCAUGUGGUUCUGGUGUGGUUGGAGUAUAGGAGGAGGAACGUGAGCAGUUUGCGGGACGAGGAGGCGGCGACGGGCGCGCAGUCCGAUUUGCGGUCAGACGGGAACGAAAGCGAAGGCGACGAGGCGGUGGGGGCGAUGGGGAUUGGUACUCGUUCGAGGUAUUUCAGUUUUACUAAGCGAUGCGAGUCUGCGAAUACAAUGGCAUCAUUUCUCUGGUGGAUAGUUGGCUUUUAUUGGGUAGUCUCUGGUGGUGAUAUGCUUUUGCAAAGUGCUCCACGCCUGUACUGGUUGGCUGUGGUAUUUCUCGCGUUCGAUGUGUUCUUUGCCAUCUUCUGUGUUGUUUUGGCGUGUUUGAUUGGGAUCGCUCUUUGUUGCUGCUUGCCCUGCAUUAUUGCAAUUCUUUAUGCUGUUGCAGGCCAGGAAGGUGCAUCAGACACAGAUCUCCGUGUUCUUCCUAAGUACAGAUAUGUAAUGUCUAGCAAUGAGGAAAAGGCUGGUGGUGGAGCAGGUAGAAUGAUUCCUGUUGAAACAAGUGGUGGAUACUUGGCGAAUGAACGUGUUCUUUUACCUGAGGAUGCGGAAUGCUGUAUAUGUCUCAGCCCAUAUGAGGAUGGAGCAGAGCUCCACGCUCUUCCCUGCAACCAUCAUUUCCACUCUACGUGCAUUGUGAAAUGGCUUAAGAUGAAUGCAACGUGCCCGCUCUGCAAAUACAACAUCCUCAAGGGACAUGAAGUUUGAGAAAAGGAAGACCGAAGAAGGUUCUCAGAAUGUACAGGAGAAAUCGAGGCAAGAAAUUCAUCAUUCCCGAUGUAUUUGUCAGAAAUAAGUUGUAGCAUUCAUUUGAUUCUGCUUCGAUUUUGGGUGUUUGUUUUUCAACAUUCAGGACACGUCUUUGUUUAGUGGCUUCAUGCAUAUAGGCGUGAGAACACUUGCCCAUUUCCAGCCUUUCUUGUUUUGUAACUGAUUAGUAGAAAGAAGGAAUUCCGGUUUACGUAUAGACACAUUACACUGUUACAGAACUGUAGUCAAUUGUUGCGGUUCUUGUAGUUUAUAUGUAGGUACGGGUUUACGGGGAGUAAAUUUGAUCUGAUUUGGG